CUUGUCAAGGAAGACAAAGUAAAGAAUAACCGCAAAAACGUUGUUCUCACUUCUCACUUUUCAGCUAUAUACCCGUUUUCUCUUUCUCUAUAUAUAUAGAGAGAGAAAGUAGUGCAUUAUGCCAUAAGCACAUUUGUAUCACGCUUUUUAGAGAGAGUUUUAGGGAUGGCUUUAUCGACAGGGCAGAGUAACAGCAGCAGUUAUGAUCUGUCGUUUAAGAUCUUAUUAAUUGGAGAUUCUGGAGUUGGCAAAAGUAGUUUGCUCGUUAGUUUCAUUUCUAAUCUUGUUGACGAUCUUGCCCCUACCAUUGAUAAAUCACUAUUUACUGCUGUUGUUACAGGUGUCGAUUUUAAGAUUAAGACGCUCACUGUUAGUGGGAAAAGACUGAAGCUUACCAUUUGGGACACAGCUGGACAGGAGAGGUUCAGGACACUGACAAGCUCCUACUACAGAGGGGCUCAGGGGAUCAUUCUUGUCUAUGAUGUAACAAGAAGAGAGACCUUCACAAACCUGUCUGAUGUGUGGGCAAAAGAGGUGGAGCUGUAUAGUAAUAAUCAAGAUUGUGUAAAGAUGCUGGUUGGAAAUAAAGUUGACAGAGAAUCUGAGAGAGCUGUGAGCAGGGAAGAAGGCAUUGCCUUAGCAAAGGAACUUGGAAGUCUAUUUCUUGAAUGUAGUGCUAAAACUCGAGAAAAUGUGCAAAACUGCUUUGAAGAGCUUGCCUUAAAGAUAAUGGAGGUGCCUAGUCUCCUGGAAGAAGGAUCAACCGUAGGGAAGAGAAAUAUCUUGAAACAGAAACAAGAACAGCAAACACAACAGGGUGGUGGUUGCUGCUCAUGAAACUCUUCAAACUCUAGGACCAAUGACAAAAUGUGCACUAGAUGGUGCUGAAAAGUCAAGAGUUAAAUCACAUGUGUAUAUGCUGUUUUCUUUUUCUUCUUACUGUUGUUAUCCUGCUGCUCUGGAAGUGGGUUAGAAGUCUCAUGUAAAGUAAUUGGUCCAUUUGGUUAUUGGCCAAUGUUCUUGUUAAUAUCUGCCAGAUUGCUGUCAAAUUGGGUGUGUUUCAUAAAUUUAAUGUCCAUUUCAUCACUAA